GACUUAAGAAGUCAAUUUCUGUCGCUAGAUGACAGAAAACUUGUCUAAUUGUUAUAUUAAUGCGAUUUACUGUAGUUUGGUAUGAUUUUAAUUUGAUAUUGUGUAUUUAUAUAAACACUAAUAAUGUAUAAUAUGAGCGAAAACUAUUAUUUAAGAAAAUGUUACCUUCAACGAGAUCAAGUACCGACUCAAAGUGUGAUAAGAAAGAAAAUGACUCCCGCUCUCGCGGAUGUCUAUUUCAAGUCAAUGACUCCGAAACUGAAGCGGCUUGCAGGUCUGGAACCUUCGCUCAAGGGCGGAGGAAAUGAUUGGUACGUACCACCCGAAGAAUUGCUAAAAGGGCGAGCAGUGCUGAAACCGGUGAAAAAGAGCGUACUGAUGAAACUAAACCAUCAGGGUGUAGAGUUUAUUGGAGAUAUAAUAUAUAAGAAACAUCGCAAGGAAUUAGAAAUGGAAAAGGCGAAGACUGUUUUAGAAAAUGACGAGACGUGGAGAGAAUUCGUUACAAACACGUACAACGAGGAAUGGGACAGACUUGCCAAACUCGAGAGAAACAUGAAUAGUAGACUACUUGUGAACGAUUUUGAGUCCUUCACUACGUUGUAUAGACGAUCUUUUACUAGAAUUGAAACACUUUUCCAUGAGACAGCCAUAGCCGAUUUAAAUAAAGUUAAAGCAGAUACUCAGCAAGAAAUGCAAAACAUAUAUAAGGAGAAAUUAAAAUAUCAAGCAAACUGCAUCACUGAUGCAUAUGAGAAAAAGUUAAUGGAAGAGAAAGCUAGACUUAAAGCAAAGUUCAUAGAAGACGUAGAAAUUUGUCGCACUCACUUGGGCCACCAAAUUCAUGACAUUCAUUUAGAUAAGCAAACAGCCACAGAAACUUUAAAGCACUAUUUAAAACAACUAACCUUAGCUUGUCAAGUUUACGUCGCACUUAAGGAACGUGAUGAAUGCCUGAAAGAACGGAAGAAAACUGAAUAUCAGCAUCGAAAAUUAACGACUACAUUGACAGAUAAAAUAGCACUACAAAAUUUUGAAAUUGACUAUCAAAAGCAAAGAGAGAGUGCACUCCAGGAACACAUAAGCAAUUGGAAGAAAAAACUCUACCUCAUGAUGAAAAAAUUCCAAUUGUUUGUGUCGUAUUCUCUGAACACUGUCCCCGAAAAUGCGGAUUUUUUCAUAAAUUUGGAAAAGUUAAUGUUGUUGCAACUAAACAAAGCACUCGAACAGCCUUCUAAUGUAAAUAUAUUUGAAGCUGAAGAAGAGGACGACACAUUUAAGAUUCCAGUUGCACAACCGAAGACUUUCUAUUUGUUCUGUGACAAAGGUUACAAGGCCAAUGUGGAUCACGAUUUAUGCCCAAAACAUAGCGGUACGUCUAGUCCUACAGUAUUGCCUGCAGUUAUCGUCAAUAAACGAAUUCUCUAUGCGGCUUGCGACAACUUUGACCAGUUCACAUCCAGGAUUAGAGAAUACAUCAACGGUCGUGGUGGAGACGACACGAUUGUUCAAGAUGAUCUUGUCUAUGAGAACUUUGUACCUGUAAGGUACACACCAUCACAACAGCUAAACGAGUUAAAACUGGAAAGUUCUAUAAUGCAAAUAGUGCAACAAGAAAUUCAUGAUUUACAAAAAUUGUACUCCACUAAAAAGUCUGAAUCAUGCCAUUUUUGUAAAAUGCCUACUUGUUCGUGUACCUCGAUUCGUACCGCGUCAGCAGUCAGUAAGGCAACCAAACAGAAUACUCCGACGAGACGUCCAGAUCAAGUAAAAUCUAUAGAACCAUUGAAUAAAAAAGUUACACCAAUGGACAAAGACUACGAAUUGUCCCACGAAAGGGAACCUAAAUGGGAAAACUUUCUCUCGUACAUAGACUCCAAAAAAUGCGUUUGUCUUAAAAAGAAAUACGUAACAAAUCCUUUGCCUCCCUACAUGACAAAAAUGAAGUACGGGCCGCCCUUGGUACCGGACUAUAAGAUUUGUCCGCUUGUAACAUUAAAAGAGUUAGUGAAAAAAGCUAGGAAAGAAGCUCCUACUAAAGUUGUGACAGAAUUAGCUUCUACAAAGAAAUGCGCAGGUACUCAAUGCGAUGAUGAAGAAUAUAACAGCCUGUGCGCUUGUUUCGCUGACGAUUUGGAUGGGACCAAGAACACUGACAAAAACGACAUCUGGAAUCUUGAGACUAAGACAGAUCUUAGUCAGUUUGCAGAGAUCUCAGGACCGUUAUCAAAAGAAAGCGGUUUAUUUGCCGAAGCUAGAGCACACUCUUUGAGAAGUCUCCUCGAAGAGCUGCCACAUCUCCAAUCUCUAACAUUCACAACAGAAUAAUGUCUGAAUCUUACCUUCCUUAUAGAAUGAUUUAUUUUUAGUAUUUUUUAAGUUUAGAGAUACGUACAUAAGUUUUGAAGUUAAUGUUUCCCUAUUUCAAUGUUUAUUUAAUAAAUAUUUAAGGUUAUA